AUGAACGAAUUCUUCAGCGCCGGUGAGAUGAUCAGCUUUGACGAGGCGGACUUGAUGGUGCGUAUAGAAUCUGUGGAGAGCAUGAAGGUCGAGUUUGAAAUCAGUCAGUCAAGGCUAGAAAAAUUAGAUUUGCUCGAGCUUUCAACGGACUCCCGCUCAGACUUCGAAAAGGUUUACUGGAAGAUCAAAGCCACUCUCGCUCGUCAACUGGAUGUACUCACUAAGGGACAUAUGACGGACGCCAACUCAACAACUAUACCACGCUUUACUGAAAGUACGCACACACUUGCUCACUCGUUCAACCGUAAGUCUCGCCUGCCGGAAUUGCAGCUGCCCAGGUUCAGCGGCUCCUACGAGGAUUGGCCGGAUUUUUACGCCAUGUACAAGACUGUCAUAGGCAGCAAUGAGGACCUGAGGCCACGUGCGAGCUAUAAUCGGGCUGUCAGGUGUUGAAAAGGGAUCAGCAGAGGCGUUGCGUGAGUUGAGUGACAAAAUUAACUCUCAUCUUCGGGCGCUUAGCACCAUGUCAACAACUGAGGAGCUGGCUGAUGGAUUACUUAUACACACA